AUAAUUAUUAAACGAGUUAUGUAACAUUUCAAAUAUUAACAAUUCAGUUUAAUAAUAAUCUACUGCUUAUAUAAGUCUUAUUUUAAUAAUAUUGUAGAGUUAGGUAGCACAUUAUUUACAUAGGAAAAACGACAAUUUUUUGUUAAAAAAACGAUUUUUCCAAAAAAACGGGAAUUUUUCUGGUUUUUUCAGCGACUUGAAUAGCGGUUUUUUAAAACUAUUAAUCUCUGCGAGUAACACUUAGCACGACUCAUGAGCCCGAUUAUUAUUAAUAGAUUCCAAAGUAGAAAGAUAUUCGACAGAUAUUGUAACACACAAAUCUAAACAAGAAGGCCUUCGAUACGGUCGUAGCGAGAUCUUAGUGCUUCAUAUUUACUUGUGUGAUUUUAUAUACUUUCUCAAUAGAUUCCAUUCAAUUUGACCUCACAAAUACUUAAUUCAUACAACUAUAAUGUUUUGUGUGUUUCAUAAGUACAUUAUACAAAAUUGUUUUGUUUUGUCGUUGUUUUUGUAGGCAAGAAGAUACACAAAAAUAGAAAAAAUGUUUUGCCUCAGUAUUUACAAAAGAUCUCCGUCCUGUUACAACUUCCUUCACAAUCACUUGCCCUGUCCUGCAAUAAGUACAUUAAAAUCAGAAUUAAACAAUAUACCAUUGAAAGCUGGAUGUACCCGAAUGAUAAUAAAGUUUCUGAAAUAUAUUUGUAAAAAUAUUAAAGAUGAAAGUGCAAAAUACGUAGUGCUUCUAUGGGACGAGAUGUCACUACAACCUUCCUUGAUUUACAAUAAGAUGGAAGAUCAAAUUAUUGGAUUCGAGGAUUGGGGGAUGCGCAGAACGCGAAAAAUUGCCGAUCAUGCGAUUACAUUUUAUUUUAGAUGUUUAAAAACAGGGCAAAAGAUGCCGUUAGGCUACGGUUUUUGCGAGAGUGCAACAAAAGCAUCACAAUUGGUAUGCUGUAUCAAACAAUGGUUGGCAAACAUAAUCAUUUCAGGAUUUAUUCCCGUAGCAACAGUUUGUGAUCAAGGUGCUACAAAUAUUGCUGCAAUAAAUACCUUAAUUGCAGAUAGUAAUCUGAUACGUGCAAAAAAGAAUUUGCCUCCAAAAAAUACUUUUAUUAUAAAAGGAAAAGAGAUUGUACCAAUCUAUGAUUAUGUGCACUUAUUGAAGGCAACAAGGAAUAAUCUCUUGACCAAAGAUUUAGACAUUAACAAGAAUACAUGUCAAGAAAUAAAGUACGCUUCUUGGGAAGACAUCAAGAUUGCAUUUGACAUGGACAAAAACACGUCUCUAAAAUAUCGCCAGUUGCGAAAAAUAACUGAUAAACAUAUACACCCAAAUGUAAUUCCGAAAAUGAGAGUUAAAUAUGCGUCUCAAGUUUUCUCUGCCACAUUGGCAAAUUUUUUAGAUAUCAUAUUACUUUUAAGUAUUGAUAAGACUGUAUAAGCUGUUCAAAUAAAGACUCCACCAUCCCGCGGUGUAAAAAAAUAGAAAGUAUUAAAAAUAAAGCUGUACGUAGCAAAUAUUUUAUUGUUAAAAUGAAAUAUAUGACAUGCAGGCUCGGUUAUUCAUUAUCUGAUAAAUUUAUGAUUAUGAAUAUCACCCAUAAUGAUGCUACAGGUAAAGCUAAUAGGAUAAAAUAUCAGAUGAAGUCUAACCAUAAGUUAACCAAGCAAUGAAAAACCGGGCCGCAAUAAAUUAUUAAUUAAGAAUAACUUUAUUCUUUAAUUUCUUGUUUAAAAUUAAAUGUUUUUGAGUCUGUAAAAUACGCAACAAAUUAAGGUUUUUCAGAUGUGUCAUAUACAAGUAAAAAAUAAAUGCCAUGCCUUUAAAUAAUAUGAUAUUAC